UGUGUCUGAUUGGCAUGCCGUAUAAUUAUUUGUUAUAUGAAUAAUGCUAUAUAAAAACAGCGCAGUUAUACAGGCACUUGAGCAUAAUGAGUGUCUACCACGAUGAGGUUGAGAUUGAAGACUUCGAAUACGACGAGGAAGAGGAAAUGUAUUACUAUCCAUGUCCCUGCGGUGAUCGAUUUCAAAUAUCCAAAGAAGAGCUUAUAGAAGGUGAGGAGGUGGCGCAGUGUCCAAGUUGUUCGCUUAUUAUUAAAGUUAUUUAUGAUCCGGACAUGUUUAAGGCGGAAGAGGAUGAGUCAGCCGCUUUAAACGAAAAGUUGAGUGACUUGAAGCUAGAGACGAACUAAAUUCAGCAUAUGUUUAGUUUGAUGUAAUUAAAUAGCUUUUCGUUUUUUAUUAUUUAUAAUUUUGUUUAACGUAAAUAAUACGUUGACUAGUA